UUUCAGACAGCUGGGGUACUAGUGCAGAGGGAGAGAGAGGGAGCUCCAGAGUUCAGGGAUGAGUGUAACAGGGAGAAGGUUAGCAGGAAGGAGUGUAACAGGGAGGAGUGUAACAGGAAGGAGUGUAACAGGGAGGAUUUUAGCAGGAAGGAGUGUAACAGGAAGGAGUGUAACAGGAAGGAGUGUAACAGGGAGGAGUUUAGCAGGAAGGAGUGUAACAGGAAGGAGUGUAACAGGAAGGAGUGUAACAGCGAGGAGAUUAGCAGGAAGGAGUGUAACAGGAAGGAGUGUAACAGGAAGGAGUGUAACAGCGAGGAGGUUAGCAGGAAGGAGUGUAACAGGAAGGAGUGUAACAGGAAGGAGUGUAACAGGAAGGAGUGUAACAGGAAGGAGUGUAACAGCGAGGAGGUUAGCAGGAAGGAGUGUAACAGGAAGGAGUGUAACAGGGAGGAGUUUAGCAGGAAGGAGUGUAACAGGGAGGAGUUUAGCAGGAAGGAGUGUAAACAGAGAGAAGGUUAG